AUGGACGUCAGCUUCGCCAGCAUCCUCCUCUCACCCACCUCCUCAGUGAGGUCCAGAGGGACAGGACAGAACUGGCUCUCAUACCCCCUGCAGACCACACCCCCAGCAGACCACACCGCCAACCACACCCCCAUCAGACCACAACCCCAGCAGACCACACCCCCAUCAGACCACACCCCCAUCAGACCACAACCCCCAUCAGACCACAACCCCCAGCAGACCACACCCCCAGCAAACCACACCCCCAUCAGACCACACCCCCAUCAGACCACACCCCCAGCAGACCACACCCCCAUCAGACCACACCCCCAUCAGACCACACCCCCAUCAGACCACACCCCCAUCAGACCACACCCCCAUCAGACCACAACCCCAGCUGACCACACCGCCACAACCCCUGUCCCCUGGGGCCACCCCCAGGAACACAGCAGCUUGUUAGAGGAUGGAGGCGGGAUGAUGUCAUGGAUGAUCCACGUGUCUGCCCGUGGGACCCAGGAAAACAGAGCAGGAGACCUGAAACGCUCUGGAGAUCUCUCUCUCUCUUUUUCAUCGCCCUUUGUUUUUCUCCGUCAGAAUGAUGAUGGUCCUGACGUGAGGGCUGGAUCAGGAGACAUCCUGCUGGUUCACGCCACAGAGACUGACCGCAAAGAUCUGGUGCUGUACUGUGAGGCCUUCCUGACCACCUACCGCACCUUCAUCACCCCCGAAGAUCUCAUCAAGAAGCUACACUACAGAUACACCAGGUUCUGUCACAGCCCAGACACCUUCAAAAAGCGGGUCAGCAAGAACACCUUCUUCGUGUUGGUCCGCGUGGUGGACGAGCUGUGUCUGGUGGAGCUGACGGAGGACAUCCUGAAGCAGCUGAUGGACCUGGUCUUCAGGCUGGUGUGCAACGGCGAGCUCAGCCUGGCCCGCGUCCUCCGCAAGAACAUUCUGGACAAGGUGGAGCAGAAGAAGCUGCUCCGCUACACCAACUCCCUCAAGCCGCUCGCGGCCAGAGGCGUCUCGGCCAGACCGGGGACUCUGCACGACUUCCGCAGUCAUGAGAUCGCCGACCAGCUCACGCUACUGGACGCCGAGCUCUUCUACAAGAUUGAGAUUCCUGAAGUGCUUCUGUGGGCCAAGGAGCAGAAUGAAGAGAAGAGUCCCAACCUGACCCAGUUCACGGAGCACUUUAACAACAUGAGCUACUGGGUGCGCUCUCUGAUCAUCCAGCAGGAGAAGGCCCAGGACAGAGAGAAGCUGCUCCUCAAGUUCAUCAAGAUCAUGAAGCACUUAAGGAAGCUGAACAACUUCAAUUCGUACCUGGCUAUCCUGUCGGCCUUGGACUCGGCCCCCAUUCGUAGGCUGGAGUGGCAGAAACAGACCUCUGAGGGAUUGGAGGAGUACUGCACAUUGAUUGACAGCUCUUCAUCCUUCAGAGCGUACAGAGCAGCUCUGGCUGAAGUGGAGCCACCCUGUAUUCCAUACCUGGGUUUGAUCCUGCAGGAUCUGACGUUCGUCCACCUGGGGAACCCCGACCUCAUAGAGGGGAAGGUCAACUUCUCCAAACGCUGGCAGCAGUUCAACAUCCUUGACAGCAUGAGGCGCUUCCAGCAAGUGCACUACGAGCUGAAGCGCAACGACGACAUAGUCUCCUUCUUCAACGACUUCAGCGACCACCUGGCCGAGGAGGCGCUGUGGGAGCUGUCCCUGAAGAUCAAGCCCAGGAACAUCACCCGCCGCAGGACAGAGCGCGAGGAGAAGACCUAGAGACCUCGCCCCCCCCCCAGACCCCCGACCCCCGUCUCCGUCCCUUCACAGGCUAGGCCACCCCCCUCCCCCCACUGUGCUUCAGACACUACACUCACUUUACUACAAACAGACCCACAGAUGGAGGGACUGGGAGACCGACGGACACUAAGAGCAGGGGAGGAGGAAGAGAGAGGAAGGGCAGACUGAGAUACUGCAGAUUAAAAACUGUUUACAGAGGCUCCACUGCUGUGGGCGACUGGGUUUGGGAUUAUAAUCUGUCAACUCUGCUGUCUGCUAUGGAGUGAAGCUGGCAGGGGAGAGAGACCCUGUACAACCAUGGGAGAUAGGGAGAGGCACUGUGCUGCCAAGGAGGAGGGGAUGUAAGGAGGAACCCUGACCGGGGGAGGACAGGGAGCUGAAGGCGCCUCCCGUCCACUCCCUUCUGGAUUGGAGAUUGUGUGUGCGCUCGCGUGCGUGUUUGAGAUGAACACUACUCUAUAGCCACCUGAGAUAUUCCCAACUCACCCCGCCCCCCUCACCCACCACCCCUCACCCCCAUGUGUUGGCCAUGGGGUCAGCCGCCCCCACCCACCCACCCACACUUCACCCCAGCACACCUUCUCCAGUGUUCCGGAACAGCCUGACAGGAACUGUGAUUUCACAAAGCAGACUGGGCUGGGAGUGGGUGUGUCUUGGGCCGGGUGGCCUCUGAGGGGUGGACAGACCAUGAGGGGCGGGACUUACUAAAGAGAUUUUGUUCCGAGUUUUUUUUUUUGUGUAAGAAUCAUGUAUGGUUAUGAUGUAUUAUAUACAAUACUCCUUUUGUUCUGAAAAAGGAUGUUUAUGCUCAAAUGAGAAGAGAUCAUUUUAGAGAGCUUCUCCCAAGUGCCAUAGAAAUGUGCACAAAAAAAAGCAAAAAAAAUACACAAAAAAGAGAAUUACUAAAGAUGCUGUGAUCUAUGUCCGUCAUUCUCAAUCAUUGUGUGCCAUGUUCAAGUAUAGACCACCAUCAGGCAAUCAGAAUCACGUGUGUAGUUCAAACGUGCGUGUGUACAGUACUCGUCAGAAAGUGUGCAUGUGGCCAGAGCGUGUGUUUGUGCGUGCGGGAAUGAGGGAUGAGAGAAUGUGAAAACGUAAACAGCAGUCCAUUAGAGACGCGUGCUUUGUCAGUCCAUUCAGUGCUCUAGUUUUUCAUUCAUAUUUCUUUGAACUAAUUGUCUCAAUCCACACAUCACUGUUGUUCUCCAAACCCAAUAAAACUGCUCUGUUUA